CGGAGCGGGCGUCGGAGCUGCCCGCUGGGGGGGAAGAGAGAGAGCGGAGAGAGAAAGAGAGCGAGCGAGGAGAGGGAGCCCGAGGCGAAAAAGUAACUGUCAAAUGCACGGCUCCUUUAACCGGCGCGCUCAGUCCGGCUCCGAGAGUCAUGGCGACCGCAGCGUCUAACCACUACAGCUUGCUCACCUCCAGCGCCUCCAUCGUGCACGCCGAGCCGCCAGGAGGCAUGCAGCAGGGCGCGGGGGGUUACCGCGAGGCGCAGAGCCUGGUGCAGGGCGACUACGGCGCGCUGCAGAGCAACGGGCACCCGCUCAGCCACGCUCACCAGUGGAUCACCGCGCUGUCCCACGGCGGUGGCGGCGGCGGCGGGGGCGGCGGGGGCGGGGGCGGCGGCGGGGGCGGCGGCGGCGGCGACGGCUCCCCGUGGUCCACCAGCCCCCUGGGCCAGCCGGACAUCAAGCCCUCGGUGGUCGUGCAGCAGGGCGGCCGCGGCGACGAGCUGCACGGGCCAGGCGCCCUGCAGCAGCAGCACCAGCAGCAGCAACAGCAGCAGCAGCAGCAGCAACAGCAGCAGCAGCAGCAGCAGCAGCAGCGGCCGCCGCAUCUGGUGCACCACGCCGCCAACCACCACCCGGGGCCCGGGGCAUGGCGGAGCGCGGCGGCUGCAGCGCACCUCCCGCCCUCCAUGGGAGCGUCCAACGGCGGUUUGCUCUACUCGCAGCCCAGCUUCACCGUGAACGGUAUGCUGGGCGCCGGCGGGCAGCCGGCCGGGCUGCACCACCACGGCCUGCGGGACGCACACGACGAGCCGCACCACGCCGACCACCACCCGCACCCGCAUUCGCACCCGCACCAGCAGCCGCCGCCGCCGCCGCCCCCGCAGGGCCCACCUGGCCACCCCGGCGCGCACCACGACCCGCACUCGGACGAGGACACGCCGACCUCGGACGACCUGGAGCAGUUCGCCAAGCAGUUCAAGCAGCGCCGGAUCAAACUGGGAUUUACCCAAGCAGACGUGGGGCUGGCGCUGGGCACCCUGUACGGCAACGUGUUCUCGCAGACCACCAUCUGCAGGUUUGAGGCCCUGCAGCUGAGCUUCAAGAACAUGUGCAAGCUGAAGCCUUUGUUGAACAAGUGGUUGGAGGAGGCGGACUCGUCCUCGGGCAGCCCCACGAGCAUAGACAAGAUCGCAGCGCAGGGGCGCAAGCGGAAAAAGCGGACCUCCAUCGAGGUGAGCGUCAAGGGGGCUCUGGAGAGCCAUUUCCUCAAAUGCCCCAAGCCCUCGGCCCAGGAGAUCACCUCCCUUGCGGACAGCUUACAGCUGGAGAAGGAGGUGGUGAGAGUUUGGUUUUGUAACAGGAGACAGAAAGAGAAAAGGAUGACCCCUCCUGGAGGGACUCUGCCGGGCGCCGAGGAUGUGUACGGGGGGAGUAGGGACACGCCACCACACCACGGGGUGCAGACGCCCGUCCAGUGAACUCGAGCGGGGGGAGGGGCAGAGCGCGGGGCUCCCCCUCCCCUUCGGUCCAUGCCCCCUUCCUGGCCCCCUUGUUCCCUCUCUAACUUCUGGUUGUUCUUUUAUUUUUAAUUAUUAUUUUCCCGUCCCUUAAAAAAAAAAAAGGAAAAAGAAAGUAACUAAGGCACUGGACUAUCCUUUAAAUGGUAGCAGGUGUAAUGAUGUGUUUUGACCUUUACAGGCGAGUACCCAGGCAGUGGAGUGGAUUGUCUCAUAGAGCGAGUGAAGAGAGCGUGUGUUAGAUAGAGAGAUGGCAAGCACUGAGAUAAAUACCUGGCAAAACUAAAUAAAUUACCAAAAAGAAAAAAAAAAUCCACCAAACCGCGAUAAACACAAAAUGCAGCUUCCUGAUGCUCUGAGUUGGCACAUGCUGCUGUGUUUGUUUAAUGUGGAUCCCCAUCAGGAGAGAGGAAAAAAUACACACAUUCUUUGGUGUAGGCAAAAUUUAACCACAUAAAUUUGCACUGCAAGAAAAUUGAAGUUUACAUGUACAAAUUCAUGGACAUAUUUUUCUCUUCCUCCCCACCGUUAAUUUUGAAAUAGCCUUUUGUUUUUUGUUUUGAUUUGUUUUGUUGUUCUACUCAGCGACAGAGUUGAAGCCAGCUCUUGGCCGCUGUCCAUUCCUAAUGUUCUUGUGCUGCCCCUUGUUCUUCUUACUGUUUGUGAACUUUGGUUACCUUCAGAGUCCCCCCUCCUUACAUUGGUGUAACGUUUGUUUGCUCCUUUUACCAAAGCAAAACGAUUGGCUUCAUGCAAAAUAAAUAAUUUUCUGCUUUCAAGAAAUGUGCCUGGUCUACCCGCUUUUUCCCAGGGAAGAAUCCAGUUUGGAAUAGAAAAAUGAGUCAAACACUGUUUGUUACCAGCCACAAAGUAAACUUCAUUUUCAGGCAGUGUUUUUGGGGGAGGGGGCAAAAGGAAAAGUCGAUAGAGUGACUGUUCGGUUUUAUCAGGCGGGCCCAUUGUGAAAGAGCUGGAAGGAGAUGUGGAGGUUAAAUAUACUUCCAGAGUUGUCCAACAGAAAGAAAGCGGCACUUUGAAGAAAACUAGGGAAAUAUGUAUCUUCAGACACCCCUGUAUAGUUCUCUGCCUUCAGUUUUAAUAAUUUAAUUAUGAAGAAUUAUUUGUGCUGACAGAGCAGUUAAACUUUGUUCUUCUAGUAGUUGUUUGUUUUUUUAAACAUAAAGAAAAUAACCCAGGAAUUUAAUGGUGUAUGCAUAGACUGUUUUCUUAGCACACAAAUACCCACAUGCAUACAUAGAAUAUCUCCACUUAGUAGACUGGUUUUGUCUUCACUAACUCAUUUGUUUUUCAAAUAAUAUUUAGGGGCACUCACCCUCUUCUCCUAUAAUUUAUUGUAGAAAAUACCAGUUUGACGUGGACAGCUUUUUUUUCUCCCUUCUUUCACUAGGGGAGCCAAAUGAAGUGGAAAAAAAAACUGUUAUUUUCAAUUUUUUCCCCUUUGUUAAUAGUUUUAAGUGCAUUUUUUUAACUUAUCUUCAUGGAAAACGGUUAACUCCUAAAACAAAAGACUACUUGGGAGUCUA